GCUGCUGAUCGCAUCCUCGUGUCUUUUCUGCUUCACUUCCGUCACUUCACCCUCUGGUCGCGUGCCGCGUUGCCCUAUCCGCACACUCCCGUCGCAGGCGCGUUGGAUACCCCUUGGAGUCGCAACAGGACUCAUCGCCGUUCUACCCACAAAUCUCUGAAGACCAUCGAGGGAUAUCAGCCAGCAUGUUGGGGCUUUCGUAUUGGGUCGUCCCCAUCUUCUCCGCAGUAGUAUGGACUGCUAUGCUCAUCACCAUGUUGGUGUACUGGGCUGCCACCGGCAAGCCGCACUAUGUGACGAUGAGCAACGGGCAAAACAUUCCUUACAUUUCUGAUAUCGGUGCGGAUUACCUCAAAGCCAUGUUCAUUGCCAUGUCCGCCGUUACUGUCGUAACCUUUGAUCUCGCCUUCAUCUUCGAGCGCUGGCUGCGACACACCAACAAACUUGCGCCAAACACGUCUCACUGGCAGAAGAUCUAUUCAGCUUGCGCAACCGUUGCCGCCAUAGUCGGUGCCGCCGGUCUGAUCCUCCUCACUAUCUUCGAUUGCAAGAACCACAACAGACUGCAUAACAUCUUUCUUGGUGUAUUCAUCAUCGGCUACAUCGUCUCGGCAAUCUUCAUUUGCUGGGAGUACCAACGCCUAGGCAUACACUACCGCGAGCACUCCAUCCUCCGAAUCUCCUUCUGGAUCAAACUCUUCUUCAUCAUCACCGAAGUGUGCCUCGCCAUCGCCUUUGCGGUAUGCUCUAAGCAGCACAUCUACAACGUGGCUGCUGUCCUCGAAUGGUGUGUAUCCUUCAUCUACUGCUUCUAUGUCUUCAGCUUCUUCAUCGACUUCCUACCUGCCACACGCACCAAGAAUCACCAGUCCAAGCAGACCGAGAUGCAAGUCUUUGAGGAGAGCGGCGAGGCAGGACGAACCCAUCACCACCACCACAUGAGCGAUGGCGCUGCAGAUAGCCAGCAAUACUACCGGGGCAACUCGCAAAUGGCCGUCCCGACAACCAAUGGCUACACCAACGGAUACACCAACGGCAACUCCCUUACCAACGGUCAGGUCAACGGUUACGUAUCACACACCGGAAACGGUUACCCUAUGCCUGCGCAGGACCCUUCCCCACUCCCCUCGCGUAAUUUCUAAUUUUCCUAUGUAUACCCCGUUUUGUAUAUAUCCGGUUUAUUUUGCUUUGAGCUUUUGGCAUUCAUCUAUACCACUGGCGUUUGGAUUAUUUCAUUUGCACUGCAUA